AUGCCCCCACGACGCCCUCGACCAAAGCUGUCUCUCUGGGUCCGUUUUCGAAGAUGGCUUCGCUACUGGAGCUCACCUCUCCGGCUACGUGGUAGUCUCAUUCGCCUGAAACACCAACACAAGUAUCCCAUACUGACGCUCCUUCGCUUGUUUAUUCCCUAUCCGUCCUGGCACUUCCCGAUCCCAGAACAAUUUUCUCUCCGUGAAUUGAUUGAAGACGAACAAAAUGGGACCGGGAUAAUCCGAUCCCAUUUUGGCGCCAUACAUAACCUUCGCUGCGUUCCGAUCUGGCGAAUGCGGGACACGCCACUGCGGUCUAUUUACCGGCUCUAUGAGCUCCACCUCGCGGAUCGUUAUGAGCUGAUGGGCUAUGAAACGGAGUAUUUCUUUUUCCAGCAAAACUGGAAGCUCGGAGAUAUACCAGACCCGAGAGAUUCUGAUCCGCUUCGUUAUGCGAUGGUCGCUUCUAUCGUGGAAGAACUACACGAGGCAGUUAACUGGAGAUUGAGCCUCGGUCUGCGGAGAAAUCGGGAGCACGUCUAUCGCGAGGAGGAUGGAGACCCGUGGCCUCCUUUCAACCCCGAAAAAUUGCCAGACUGGACGAAAAAUGUGGCGCCUAUGGAUAAAGAUUUAUUGAAACUCUCAGUGCCACCGGAGUCACUGGAUGCCGAGGGGAAUCUGGUGCUCGAGAAGAAUGGCAAAGGCCUUAAUUUUGCUCGGCGCAAUAUCAUCACCAACACAGGUUGGCUCUAUACGAUCUAG